AUGAACAUGGAACCUGUCCUUCACAACUUUGCCACUAUACUAAUAUAUGUGGAGCUCAUUUUGGGGAAUCUGAGCAAUGGAUUUAUAGUGUUGUCAAACUUCUUGGACUGGGUCAUUAAACAAAAGCUUUCCUUAAUAGAUAAAGUUCUUCUUACAUUGGCAAUUUCAAGAAUCACUCUCAUCUGGGAAAUGUAUGCUUGGUUUAAAAUUGCAUAUGAUCAAUCUUCAUUUGUAAUUGGAAUAGAAUUCAAACUUCUUAAUUUUAGCUGGAUCCUUUCUAGUCACUUCAGCCUCUGGCUUGCCACAGCUCUCAGCAUCUUUUAUUUACUCAGAAUAGCUAACUACUCCUGGCAGAUCUUUCUCUAUUUGAAAUGGAGACUUAAACAACUGAUUGUGGGGCUGUUGCUGGGAAGCUUGGUGUUUUUGCUUGGAAAUCUGAUGCAAAGGACUCUUGAAAAGAGGUUCUAUCAAUGUGGAGGAAACACAAGUAUGAAUUCCACGGGAACUGACUUUACAAUGUUGUCAGAGCUGAUGUUUUUCAACAUGGCUAUGUUCUCUGUAAUACCAUUUUCAUUGGCCUUGAUUUCUUUUCUCCUGCUAAUUUUCUCUUUGUGGAAACAUCUCCAGAAGAUGCAGCUCAGUUCCAGAGGACAGGGAGAUCCUAGCACCAAGGCCCACAGGAAUGCCUUGAAAAUUAUGGUCUCCUUCCUCUUGCUCUAUACUAUGAAUUUUCUGUCUCUUCUUAUAUCAUGGAUUGCUCAGAAGCAUCACAGUGAACUGUUUGACAUUAUUGGUAUGAUAACUGAACUCAUGUGUCCUUCAGUCCACUCAUUUAUCCUGAUUCUAGGGAAUUCUAAAUUAAAUCACACUUCUCUUUGGAUACUGAGGCACUUGAGAUGUAGGCUGAAAGGAGAGAAUAUCACAACUACAUAUGGCAACCAAACAACAAGCUGUUGUGCAUUCUGUGUUUCAAACAAAUCUAUGGGUUGUUAG